CAGGGGGCGCCCGUCGCCCGGGGCGUGGCCCCACGGAGCCCCGCCUCCUCGCCGGCGACGGGGCAGGCAGGCGGCUGGCGUCUGUGGCGCCGACAUGGCUGCGCUGGUGGAGCCUCUGGGGCUGGAGCGGGACGUGUCCCGGGCCGUGGAGCUCCUCGAGCGACUCCAGCGCAGCGGGGAGCUGCCCCCGCAGAAGCUGCAGGCCCUCCAGCGAGUCCUGCAGAGCCGCUUCUGCUCCGCCAUCCGUGAGGUGUAUGAGCAGCUCUACGACACGCUGGACAUCACUGGCAGUGCUGAGAUACGCGCUCAUGCCACAGCCAAGGCGACGGUGGCUGCUUUCACAGCCAGUGAGGGCCAUGCACAUCCCAGAGUAGUGGAGCUGCCCAAGACAGAUGAGGGCCUGGGCUUCAACAUCAUGGGUGGCAAAGAGCAGAACUCGCCCAUCUACAUUUCCCGUGUCAUUCCUGGAGGAGUGGCCGAUCGCCAUGGGGGUCUGAAACGUGGGGACCAACUGCUGUCGGUGAAUGGUGUGAGUGUUGAGGGUGAGCAGCAUGAGAAGGCCGUGGAGUUACUGAAGGCGGCCCAGGGCUCGGUGAAGCUGGUGGUGCGUUACACACCUCGAGUGCUGGAAGAAAUGGAGGCCCGCUUCGAGAAGAUGCGCUCUGCACGCAGGCGCCAGCAGCACCAGAGCUACUCGUCCUUGGAAUCUCGAGGCUGAAAUCAGAGAUCUGGAUCUUCACCCUCACCCUCUCCCCCUGUACAGUAUUUAUUGUCACUGGCUCCUUAUUUAAAGAUGUUUGACCCUC